GCCCCUCGGCUUAGAUGCUCAAGUCGAAGCACCAUGGAGUCCCAUUCGGGGACGGAACACCAAGUGCAAACGUAAGUCCGGAAAGCUUCGAGGCGGAACCAACCCCCACGCCCGUAUCAGCUAUGAAGAAACGCUAUGAAAACGGUACGGAUUGUGAUGCUGUUGGUUGCCGUUCUGCUGCUGGAAACACUCCGCCGAAUCGACGCCGCGAUGACAAUGAAGCAAAUCAACGAAUCCAUGGAGACUAUGAGGAAAGCUUGUGCUCCGAAAUUUGAUCUUACCGAAGCAACCCUUAACGAACUCAAGGCCGGAAACUUUCGUCCCGACGCAAACAAGGAAAUGAAAUGCUAUGCCAAAUGUAUCGCUCAAAUGGCUGGCACGCUAACCAAAAAAGGCGAAAUCAGCUUCACGAAAACGUCAGCCCAGAUCGAAGCUCUACUGCCUACAGAACUGAAAGCCCCGGCCAAGGAAGCACUGAAGGCGUGUAAGGAUGUUCAUGCUGAGUACAAAGACAGCUGUGAUAAGGUGUACUAUUCCGUAAAAUGCGCCGCUGAUUUCAAUCGAGACGUUUUCAUUUUCCCAUAGAAGAUCUCCGGACCAAGCCAAACGAAAACUGGACUAUGAUAAUGGAUACACAAAUACGUCAAUAAGACGUCCCUUAGUUGAAAAAUAAGUGUUAUUUGAUUACAUGUCUAAUGGUCAAUCUGUCUGUUUCCGCACUUUAGCAAUAUAGAGACAAAUCCUGUUAUUAAUGAUAGAAGAGUUAUUAAUUUCAAUAAAAGUACUAUCUGCAAUAAUGUUGCAGUAGCUUAUA